GGACAUCAUCCAGAUCCCGAGAUUCCGUCCGCAGCAUUUGCUAACAUGCUCAGUUACAUAUAUGAGAAUGCCGUGGACGAUCUGAAUUGGCAGAACGUAUUUCCCACUUUAUACUGCGCCGACAAGUAUGACCUGCCAUGGCUGGCGGAGAUCUGCUGCGUCUAUUUACAGGUGGAACUCAACACAGAGAACUGUCUCAUAGCUCUGGAAAAUAUUAACGUUUGGGGUCCGAAUUUCGACAGUAUUGUGGAGGCAUGUUUGGAUCUGAUAGACGCUUCGGACGGUGCCGUCUUCCAGUCGGAAUACUUCACGGGACUGAGCCAUGGAACGCUGCAGAUGGUUGUGCAGCGCCCCACACUGGCGGCGCCCGAAUACAUCAUCUACACAGCUGUCGAGGCUCCUUUUAGGUGGGCUGUUGAGGCCUGCAAGCGCAAGAAUGUGGACCCAUCCACCACCAACCGGCGGGAAAUCCUAGGUGCCGUUCUCUUCCUUGUUCGCUUUCCGCUGUUGACCGAUGCUGAGCUAGCCAGCGGUCCUCUCAAAAAUGCUUUGUUGCUUCCAGCGGAACUCUGGGACAUCUUCAUGUACAAACAUAACAACGAGAAUCUCGUGCUAUCUUUUGACUGUGAACCGCGCAGUUACGUGCAGUACCGCGUCGGGGAGGCGGUAUUUAAACACAACGAAAUGGUUUUUGCGCAGGGCGUCGAUGACGUCUGGUACCCGGCGGAGGUCAUCGGAGUGUCAGAGCAGAAUGUCAGAAUUCGCUGGAUGAGAAAGAUGAAUAAUUGGUGGCCCUUCAUGAGCCCUCAGUACAUCAUUCGUGCUGCGGAUAUUCUGCAACGUGGCCAACGGCUCCAUAUCCUCGUUUCGGGUGUGCCCAGUGCGGUUAGCUACUGUUAUCGACGGGCGGGCCUCCAUGUGGUGGAGGUUGAUGGGCGGGAAAUGUCGGUUAAGACGGAGGAUCUGCUUCUGCGUCAAGACGAGGUUAUAGCGUGGAAAGCGGCCAACAAAGAAGAAGUGAAUUGUUGAAAAUACGCUAUUAUAUGCAGUACUCGUAUAACAUUAACCGGAAUACGCGCAUUCGCGCACGCUGUUUUGCUGCUUUGCGCAAUGAGCAAAGCUUCUUUGUAAUCGCGCUUCGUUUCAUUUGACGUUGUUGUUUUAAGCAUGCUUUCAGAUCCUACUCUAGUUUUCUUGUUCCUCAUUCUGUUAUGGUAAUCUCAUAGUGAUAAUUACGAUGAACGGU